CGGCUGUCGUUUUCCGGUUGUAGUUUGAGACUUCAUGGGAGGUGUGUGUGUGGUGUUUACCUUUCACAAAGUGUGGCAUCCCAAAGACUCCCGCUCGAAUUACAAAGUUUCAAUGAGAAUUAUGAGUUGAGGAAGCACAGAGUGUAGGGAUGUUUUCAGCAACCUGCGAGUUCGAAGAGUCGCUGCGGUUUGUGCCUCAGUGAAAGUGCUGAAACAUUACACAUCACGGAUCGCCUCAUGAUGUAACAUUGGUGUCGUGAGCGAAACAUAUUGAAAAUGUGCUGUAAAUGUCGUACUUCUUGUGAGUAAUGGAGGUAUCGGACUACACGUAUGAUCCACGUAUCAGGAGAAGACAUAUCCCACUGUUAACUCAACAGAAACGCCUACGGCACCUCACAGCGAUAUUUGCCAGGAAUAUCGUACUGGUCGACUUCACAGGCAAAGACAACUUCCGUUUAUUUUACACUAUUCAUCUGGAUAAGGAGUCUGAACCAAUUUACACAAGUGAGAUAAGUGAAGGAAAUUUGAAUCCGACAUGGCAGCAGUUGGGAUCGUCGAGGUUUCAACAUUCUGCGAAUCACGCAUCAUCCUCUUUUUUCAUCGUGCGCGUCUGGAUGUUGAAAGACAGCGUCUUCUCCGCGACGUGCAUCAUCGAGUGGGCUGUCCACCUGGGCGGACUGCGGUAUUUAGGAGAACAGGUUCCAAAGGAUGGACGGAAAUUCCUUCCAAACUCCUUACUCUUUGCCAUGCCAGAAGGUGUCUAUGGGGCUCCUGACUGCAUGCUUCAGGGUGCGAAAGGUGAUACUCAAGGGAACACGCUACACGAAGUGCUCUAUUCGGAUCCAACGGUAGUGAGGAGUUCCUGCACUGUUAACAGUCUCAGGAGACUAUUAACAACGGAACGAGCUAUCAAGCAGACGCAGGCAUCUGUGCAGAGAGUGAGGAGGGCCAUAGAGCAGCGCCUGAGGGAGAGGGUGAGGUUGCAGAAAGUUCAAGCCGAGCGGGAGCAGCUGCAGCUCACCGUACAGAUGUUGGAAGAAAAAAGAGACGAAUCCGCUGCGCUGCGCAACAAAGAGAGGGCAUUCUUAGACCGGGAACAGGAUGGGCUCCAUCAGAAACAAGAAGAACUGCGGAAGAAGGCUGAAGACCUCCUACACCAAAGGGACUCCCUCGUAACGCAAAGGGAGCACUACAUCGCAUCACGCAAGCAAUUGCUCACCACCCGCGGCCUCCUGAAGAAAAGACGGCGGGAGCUCAUCACAGAUCUGCUCUUUAUAUUUCCCAUCGUUCCUUGUCCAGACAAAAAGGGGUACAGCAUCUGCUCAGUUCUUCUACCUCACAGUGAAGAUUUUGUAGAUUUCGUGCCCCGAGGAGAAACGUUCCAAUCGGCUCUCAGCAGCUUUUUUUCAUGUAUUCCACAUACGAAGUACGCCCAAAAUAAUGGACAGAAUGACAUGAUGCUUUCUGUAUCCCUGGGUUACGUCACCAAGGUUGUCUUGAUGAUUUCCUUGUUCCUUGAUGUGCCCUUACAUUAUCCUCUGCUCUACUUCGGGACCUACUCCUCCGUACGGGACAAUCUGUCCGACGCGAUACCAGACGCAGACCGAACGCUGGCCCUUUACCCGAGGAGCAAGCAGAAGAAGUUUUUCCACUAUGCAGUUUUUCUUUUGAACAAAGAUAUAACCCAGUUGAGAUGGCACUGUGACAUGAGGACUCCAGACAUGCGGCUCACGCUUUACAACCUCUACACUCUUGUCACAAGUUACAGCGACGAUGACAUCUCCAGCAGCCAACCAGUGAGCUCUCACAACCCCUCACCACUGCUGCAGAACCACAUGGUGACGCCCGACAACCGAUCGUCGGAUGACGCAUCUUCAACGCAGCUUCAACUCUCCGUGGAAUCGAGCAUGUCGGGCACCGAUCAGCAUCCUCUCCUUGCAUCCCUCCUGCAGCAGACGCGGCACGAGGCGAACGGAACGAUGCCCACAUUCCUUCUGAGCAGCUCGCUCGAUAAGGGCUUGAAUCACUUGCACGAAACGCAAGAGAGUUCAACGCAUCAGCUGCUGCCCGCUCCGCAGCUUUUACGCCACCAGGGAAGCCAACACUCGAGCGAACCGAACCUGCGAGCGCUGGAGAAGAAGUGCCGUUCGCAAACGAUCAACCUGCCCGUCGUCAUGCAGCCCGUCGUUUACCCCGUCGAAGACAACGGCGGCGCUCAGGGUACCGGAGACGAAAGCAUCGAGAUUGGAGUCGACAUCCUGUUCGACGCGGAGUUGACGGCUCGGACGGAAGUGUUGGCGAACGACAGGAGGUCUUUCAGGACUUACAGUUGCACGAGCAGCACGAGGACCUGACAGGAAGCCGUGAUCUGUCCGCAGUGAUAAUGUAAAAAAAAGUUACAGCCUCGCAUUCUGCAAAGAUGCCCUCCUCGGUCCACUUUCGUACGCAUACUAGUCAGUCAGGCCUGUUGGUCACAGCCCACAGACCAGUUUGUAUAUGCUAUAUAAGUUUGUCUGUUUCUUUGUGAAAUGUAUGAAGAGACAGGUGCCGGCACGUGGCAGCUUGUUCCAAUGGUAUAAUGGCAAAGAGCGAGCACAAACGUUAACCUCGGUUGCUCGGAGACCCGCGUGCACCUGUGUACUCUCUACGUCGCGAGAUUCUUCUAGGUACCAAACUAAUGUAUCUUUUCUACAUGUUUUUUUUUUACGUGCCACAAGGUGUUGCUGUUGUUUUCGGGAACUUGUACGAAAAGCUAAGUUGUGAUAUGCGGAAAAAAAAAGUCACUCCAUUUACA